CGCCAAGGUUACUCGUUAUGUUGAAUAGAAUAUAAGUAUCUAUUUAAAUAGACAUUUUUAUUCACAGGUGUACAAAAUAAUAUAAGUGAAAUGAUGAACAAUUGUUGCUCAUUUGAGGUUGAGCGACUGUAUAACAUUUAUAGAAGUAUAGAUGACCCACAUUGUUCAAUAUGUAUGAUGUUAAAUCAUAAAAAGUUAACUUUCAACUUGGAUUGGCAAAUCAUAGCAAAAUCUUUCGUGUUACCCACUUUGAAGAAUCCCACUAAAGCGUUAUAUAUACAUGCACUUUCUGGAAGUAAAGAGGUUUUUAAGGAAAAACUCAUAAGAUGUGAAAAAUGUUAUUUGACCGUUCACAAAGUGUGCUAUGGCAUAACUGUAGAUACAAGUAGUCAAUGGUUGUGUGAUCGAUGCACGAAAAAUCCUAAGUUUGCUGCUUGUGUAUACUGUCCAUUGAAAGGUGGUGCUAUAAAAAAAUUUAAAAUCAAUGGAUGGUCACAUGUUGAAUGUCAUCUUUUUGUGCACGGCAGUAGUCCAUUAACUACCAAUACUUUUUCAACAGACUUUAUAACUAACCAAAAGUGUGUAAUAUGCAAUUUAACAUCUGGUAAUUGUUUUCGUUGCUCUGGAAGCAAUUGCUGUGCACAGUUCCAUAUUUCUUGUGGAAUAUUUGCUGGAUAUAAUUAUCAAAUUCAACAAAAGAGGAAGCAUAUUGCUUUAAUGUAUUGCAAUAAUCAUUCAUAUAUUCCAGAUCAAAACAAGAUAGUUCAUAUAAAUCAAAAAGUAUGGGCAAGACACUUGCAACAUAAAAGGAUCUCUGAAUGUCGAAUAGUAAAAAUUAAUAAAACUCCUUUAGGUAUUGUGAAAUUCAAUGAUGAUACAAUAUCAGACAGUAUUACACUAAAAGAAAUUAAGAUAUUCUUGUUUGUUUUACAUUUUGUAUAUUAUUAUCUUUCAGUAAAGCCUUUAUGUUAUAUCACAAAUUUACAGAUAUAUAAAAAAUAAAAUGUUAUGCAAUCAAAAUACAACAUAUGAUUCUGCAUACAUCUAUACUGUUUUCAGAAUAAGAACUCAC